GUCUACCAUCGGAUACUACAACAGCUACGCGAGCGGGAUCCCCAGGGAGAUCGGGAGGCUGAAGAAGCUCGUGACGGCUCGACAUCGCCAACUGCGGCCUCAUCCGCGAGAUCCCAGCCGAGAUCGGCGAGCUAGAGAAUCUCGACACCCUGUUUCUUCAGGUGAACGGGCUCUCCGGCGAGCUUACGCCGGAUCUCAGCAAGCUCCGAAGCUUGAAAUCGAUGGACCUCUCAAACAACGCCUUCGUCGGAGAAAUCCCCACCAUCUUCGGAGGUCUCAGGAAUCUGACCUUGCUGAAUCUUUUCCGUAACAAACUGUACGGGGCGAUCCCGGACUUCAUCGGGGAGUUGCCGGAGUUAGAGGUUCUCCAGCUCUGGGAGAACAAUUUCACCGGCAGCAUCCCGUCGAAGCUCGGAACGAGCGGGAAACUCCAGCUGCUCGACCUUUCGACGAACAAACUCACCGGGACUCUGCCUCCCGACUUGUGCUUGGGCAAUCGACUACAAACCCUAAUCGCAUUGGGAAAUUUCCUCUUUGGUCCGAUUCCCGAUUCUUUAGGGCGAUGCGAGUCUCUGAGUAGGAUCCGGUUGGGGGAAAACUAUUUGAACGGCUCGAUUCCUGAGGGUCUGUUCAGCUUGCCGAAGCUCGCGCAAGUCGAGCUUCAAGAUAAUUUGCUGGUGGGUAGAUUUCCGGAUGCGGACAAAAGUUCGAUCUCGCCGGGUCUCGGUCAGAUUAGUCUUUCUAAUAAUAGACUCUCCGGGCCUUUGCCGGCGUCCAUUGGAAACUUUUCCGGCGUCCAGAAGCUCCUCCUGAAUCAAAAUUUCUUUAACGGGAGCAUUCCGCCGGAGAUUGGGAGGUUGCAGCAGCUGUCCAAGCUGGAUUUAAGCGGGAAUCGGUUAUCGGGUCGGAUCGUGCUGGACAUCAGCAAAUGCAGGUCGUUAACCUUCGUCGAUCUUAGCCGAAACAAUUUAUCCGGGGAGAUUCCGACCGAGAUCACUGGCAUGAGGAUUCUAAACUACCUCAAUGUGUCGAGGAACGACCUCCAAGGGGAAAUUCCGGUGUCGAUAUCCACCAUGCAGAGUUUGACGGCUGUCGAUUUCUCCUACAACAACCUGUCAGGGAUCGUUCCGGCCACCGGCCAGUUCAGCUACUUCAACUCCACAUCGUUCGUCGGAAACCCCGACCUCUGUGGGCCCUAUCUAGGCCCAUGCAAGCUCGGCACCGCUGGCGGCCCCGCCGCUGCCGGUCGGUCUAAAGCUGCUCUCUCCGCCUCUUUCAAGCUACUACUCGUCAUCGGGCUUCUCAUCUGUUCCAUCGCAUUUGCCAUCGCCGCCAUCAUCAAAGCUCGAGCUUUAAAAAAGGCAAGUGAUGCUCGAGCUUGGAAACUAACUGCAUUCCAAAGAUUGGACUUCAGUUGUGAUGAUGUUCUUGAUUGCUUGAAAGAGGAGAACGUGAUCGGCAAAGGAGGAGCCGGGAUUGUGUACAAAGGAUCGAUGCCUAAUGGCGAUCACGUGGCCGUUAAAAGACUCCCAGCAAUGAGCCGGGGAUCCUCACACGAUCAUGGGUUCAACGCUGAAAUCCAAACUCUGGGCAGAAUCAGACACAGACACAUCGUUAGGCUGCUGGGUUUUUGCUCGAAUCAUGAAACCAAUCUCUUGGUGUACGAGUAUAUGCCUAAUGGGAGCCUUGGCGAGGUUCUUCACGGCAAAAAAGGAGGGUUUUUGCAUUGGGAUGCGAGGUAUAAGAUUGCGGUGGAGGCCGCCAAGGGAUUGUGCUAUCUUCACCACGAUUGUUCUCCCUUGAUCCUUCACCGCGAUGUGAAGUCGAAUAAUAUACUUCUGGAUUCGAAUUUGGAAGCUCAUGUCGCUGAUUUUGGGCUGGCGAAGUUCUUGCAGGAUUCUGGGACUUCUGAGUGUAUGUCUGCCAUAGCUGGGUCUUAUGGCUACAUUGCUCCAGAGUAUGCUUACACCCUGAAGGUGGAUGAAAAGAGCGAUGUCUACAGCUUCGGAGUGGUUCUCCUCGAACUGAUAAGCGGGAGAAAACCUGUAGGAGAAUUUGGUGAUGGCGUUGACAUUGUCCAGUGGGUUCGAAAGGUGACAGACUCAAACAAAGAAUCAGUGCUCAAAAUCCUCGACCCAAGGCUCCAUUCUGUGCCUCUCAACGAGGCAAUGCACGUGUUCUACGUUGCUUUGCUCUGCGUUGAGGAGCAGAGCGUUGAGAGACCCACGAUGAGGGAAGUGGUUCAGAUCUUGACAGAGAUUCCGAAGGCAUCAACAAAUCAAGAAGAGGACGAUGUUAAUGGAGGGGGAGGAGAGAAGUCACCUCCUGAUCUGCUGAGCAUUUGAAAGUGAUGCUGGUAGGGGUUGCAAUGAUGCAAAUUUUUGAAUUCAAGGGGUUAUCCUUAAUUUGUUUAGGUGGUAACUGGGGGUGUUUUAUGCUUUGGUUUUUGGUAAUUUGUACAGGCUUUUAAGGGUAUGGGGUCCUAGUUUGCAGUGCUUUCUUUAGUUUUAUUUCUCUCCCUUGGACUCGAACUUGGUGGAAAUCGGAAUCACGGGAAGCCAAGGAUUUCCUUAUGAAAAAGUGGAGUAUGAUUGCUGAUGUUGGCUUGAAUUUGUUUUGGAAUUUGAAUGAGAAAUGACUCAGAUAUCAAUUCCCAAGGUUGAACU